AUGAAGAAGAAAGAGACGAAAGGCUCUGAUAGUGAAAGCCCUUCAGAGAAUGAAGCACAACUGGGGAGCAUCCAACUUCUUGGGUCAAUAUCCAAGAAGAACAAGAAGAUACAAGAGCCAAGGAGCAUCCAGAAGAAGGAUGUGCUUUACGUGGAGGUGAAGGUUAAUGGGAUAACUUCACAUGCAUUAGUAGAUACAGGUGCCACUCAUAACUUUGUGAGCACCGAAGAGGCUAAGAGGCUGGGCUUGAAAAUGAAAGAGGACAAGGGUUGGUCCAAGCCAGUAAACACGAAGGCCAAGCCAAUCCAAGGUGUAGUGAGGAGUGCUGACAUGACCAUUGGGAGUUGGAUUGGACAGGUGGAGUUCUCGGUCAUUGAGAUGGAUGACCACUCUAUAAUCCUAGGGAUGGAUUUCAUGAGGAAGAACAAUGUGAUGCUAGUCCCACACGCUGCAACCAUGUCGUUGUUUGCAGGUGAUCGACUAUGUGAGGUCCCGUUGGUGGCCAAGAGUCAGCUACUCAAAGACAAUGAGAAGACACUUGUGGCAAUGCAGCAGAUUAAGCAGCAUGGCAAGGGCAAAGACGAAGUAGCAAGCACCAGCAGCAACAACGGACAAAGAUCGUAUCGAGAUGUGGUGACUCAGUAUGCUUCUACGUGA